AUGCAGGAGGAGAUCGGGUCCAAGAGAGAGGGGCCCGAGCCUGACCCCGAUGAGCCGCCUAAGAAGAAGGCCAAAGUGCCCGAAGGAGAGGCGGGCAAGCUGGAGGAGAGACUGUACUCAGUGCUGUGCUGCACCGUAUGCCUAGAUUUACCCAAGGCGUCAGUUUACCAGUGCACAAAUGGGCACCUGAUGUGCGCAGGCUGUUUUAUUCACCUUUUGGCCGAUUCUCGUCUAAAGGAAGAACAAGCAACCUGUCCCAACUGCCGGUAUGUGUGUGAGAUCAGCAAGAACCUGUGCUGCAGGAAUCUGGCCGUGGAGAAGGCUGUCAGUGAGCUGCCGACAGACUGCACUUUCUGCCUCAAACAAUUCCCUCGCUCCAGUUUAGAACGGCACCAGAAGGAGGAGUGUCAGGACAGGGUGACACAGUGCAAGUACAAGAGGAUUGGCUGCCCAUGGCAAGGCCCUUUUCAUGAGUUGCCAGCACAUGAGAGUGAGUGCUCCCACCCCACUAAGACUGGAACAGAGCUCAUGGGAAUCUUGGGAGAAAUGGACCAGAACCACCGCAGAGACAUGCAGCUUUACAACAGCAUCUUCAGUCUGCUCUGUUAUGAAAAAAUCGGCUUUACAGAGGUACAGUUCAGACCAUACCGCACAGAUGACUUCAUUACUCGCCUGUAUUAUGAAACCCCACGCUUCACUGUUCUCAACCAGACCUGGGUAUUGAAGGCCCGCGUCAACGACUCUGAGCGCAACCCCAACCUUUCCUGCAAGCGCACACUCUCUUUCCAGCUCAUUCUCAAGAGCAAGGUGAACUCUGCUCUAGAGUGCUCCUUCUUGUUGCUGAAGGGCCCUUAUGAUGAUGUCCGAAUCAAACCUGUCAUUCACCACCACUGUUUUAGCAAUGAUACCAACGAGACAGAAUACGUCCUUCUGCCCAUCUCCGACUCCGUGGAGUGCAACAAACUGCUGGCUGCCAAAAACAUAAACUUGCGCCUCUUCAUCUUCCAAGUCCAAAAAUAA